AUGGAGCAGGUCAACCUGGUGGAUCACCUGCCAAUUGCAAGACCUCUGCUGGAAGAGUUAAAACAGUGCACAGCAAAGGAUGAGGUGAUGCAAGAGAUACAGGCAGUAGUAAUGAAUGGAUGGCCAAUGAGGCAACAGGAUCUUCCAUCUGGUGUCAUACCCUAUUUUCACAUACGGGAUGAGUUAAGCAUCGCCAAUGGUCUCAUCUUCAGAGGUGAAAGGGUAGUGAUACCAAAGAGCAUGAGACAAGGCAUGAUAGAACGACUACAUGCAUCACAUCUAGGGGAAAGCAGUUGUCUGAAGAGAGCACGAGAAUGCCUCUAUUGGCCCAAUAUGAACAGUGAAGUAAAGAACUACAUACAAAGAUGUGAUGUAUGUAGAGCCAUGGGAACCAGACAGCAGAAGGAGCCGCUAAAGCAACAUGAGAUACCGGAGAGACCAUGGGCCAAAGUUGGUGCUGAUCUGUUUGUCCUCGACUCACGUGACUACCUUGUUAUAACAGAUUACUACUCCAACUUCAUUGAGGUGGACUAUCUGACAACUACAACUUCAUCUGGUGUGAUACACAAAAUGAAAGCCCAAUUUGCCAGACACGGAAUUCCAGAGGAAGUUGUAACAGAUAACGGCCCACAAUUCACUUCUGAUGAAUUUGCCAAGUUUGGAGCCAAGUGGAAUUCAAGCACACAACUACAUCUCCACUUUAUCCUCAGGCAAAUGGGAAAGUGGAAAAUGCUGUGA